AUGGCCUCCGUAGAAAUUUCCGGGGAGAAAACGGCGGCACCACUGCUGCCGCCGCCGCGUAAUGGCGGCUCGGCGGUGGGUGAUUUGGUAUUCAGAUUUCUGCUGUUUGCUUCAUGCGUAGCGGCUGUGGUGGUGAUGGUUACUGGCAAACAAUCGGAAUUUGUUCCAAUCAUUUUUCCUCCUUUCUUGGUAUCGCGAGAUGCCAACUUCAAUCAUUCACCGGCUUUGAUAUACUUCGUAGCAGCAUUGUCAGUUGCGGGCUUAUACGCGGCCAUAACCACCAUUGUGUCCUUCUUUGCCGUCCUCAAACCUGCCUCCUACAUCAAACUUGUCUCCCACUUGGUCAUCUUUGAUGUGCUUGUCUUGGGACUAAUGGCUUCAGCAACUGGGGCAGCCGGUGCAGUUGCAUACAUUGGGUUGAAGGGCAACUCUCACGUUCAAUGGCGAAAGAUUUGUGACAUCUAUGAUGGCUUUUGCAAGCACAUUGGGUCCUCGGUUGCAGUCUCCUUGUUCGGGUCUGUUGUGCUCACGUUGCUCAUUAUAAUCUCCGUUCGGGCCUUGUCCAAGAGGAUCCCCAAGUAG